GGUGUAAGUCAAACGAUAUAUGCGGACCCGGAUGGCCCGUCGCGAUGCUGCUGCCCGCCCGCCCGGGGGUGGACGGGAACCUCUAUGUCUCCAUCCAAAGAAGUCUACAUCAGCGGAGCCCGGGCCGCCCACUUCAUCAGGGUCGCGAUGUCUCAGACCCAUUCUUUGCUGAAGAAUUGACACAAUUCUUAUUAUAUAGGAGCUAUGAUCGGGAGCGAGUACUUCCCCACGGGGCGUCGAAUACAAAUAUGUUUCAACCCGUCUACCUCUCUCCGUCGAAGUCUCUCUGAGAAGCUAAUACGUCACGUUCACUCGUCAUCAUCGAAUUCUUCGCCGUCGUCUGUUGCAGCUUUGAAAUCGGAUACCGAAGAUUGCGAGGACAUGAAGGCGAGUUGUGUUUUACCUUUGGCGGCUGCGGCUGCUUCGGCCUUAAGUCUUCCAGGGAGUGUGACACCCGGGCAAUCGACCUUACAAGUUCAGGGUGUGGGCUCGAAGACUUCAAAUCGGGACGGGUUACAGGUAUCGAGUGACGAACGGUCGUCACUCGACGAUGUAGUAAACGCUGUCGGCGGCAUGUUUUACCAAGCUGCUGGGGCUGUAGCUUGGGCUGGUAGACGUGUGAUGGGACAUUCAACCGGCGCCCACGAUGCUGAGACUGGCCUUAUAGCACCGAUCAUACAACAAACAACGAAUAGCGAUCCGGCAUCAAAUCAGCACGAUGGCCAUCGUAGUGCGGCAGACGAAGAGAAGAAUCUCCUGACAAUCAUCAAGGAGAGCAGCAUACAGACCGAAUACUUCACGACACUCCUCGACUCAUACGAUAAAGUCCACGAUAUGCUUCUCAGCAACGGAACGCAGGAACAACAGCAACUCACGGUCUUCGUCCCCACGGACUCCGCCUUUCAGAAGUUGGAGGGCGUUUUGGAACGUAGUCGAGCGGAGCUGCUGGGCGAGAUUCUCGAGUACCACGUUCUUCCGGGGCGGUAUACCGCCAAGGACCUCCGUGGGCUGCGGACGGCGGAGACGGUUCUCAAAGUCGGUGACGGCCGUCGGCGGCAGCAGCAAAGGGCGAGGAUCGCGGAUGGGUCGUCGGGGUUUGAAGUCAACUUUUACGCCCGGGUGCUCGCUUCUGAAUCUAGGGAGAGCGGGAGUGGUGUUGUGCACUUUGUUGAUGAGGUUUUGAUCCCGCCGCCCCGGUGGGAUGUGCUUGUUGGUUCGUUGGCGGAGGAGACGCUGGGGACUUUUGUGAAGGCGAUGAAGAGGAGCGGCGUGGGCGAGGAGCUUUUGCGGCGCCAGCGUGGCUCAGGGCUUGCGGUAUUCGCGCCAUCGAACGCAGCAUGGGCGAAGUUGGGCGAAGAAGUGAUGGAUUUCCUGUUCUCUUCCCCAGACGGGGCGAGAUUUUUGGAGGCGCUUAUGAGGUAUCAUUUUGUUGCGGAGGUGCUUUAUACAGACUUUUUCCAGGACGAUACGAAGGAGAUGGAAGAGGAGAUGAAGAUGGACACCGACGGGGGUGACGAGCUCGGGGAAGACGCCGACGGAGCGGGGCAGAUGCGACGGGAGGUCCAGACUCUGCUCGACGGGGCGAGAGUCGCACUCUCGGUCGAGACGACGGUAUUUCGCAGCGCGAAUACGAGUAUUCGCACGGGACGUACGGGCGGCGGUGGGUGGCCGGUUGAAGUCAAAGUGAGUGUUAAUGGGGCGGCGGUAUCAGCGAGAGAUGUGCCGGUCAGGGAUGGCGUUGUGCAUAUCCUGGAUGAGGUUCUUUUGCCUCCAGCGCCGCCGCCGUUAUUGUCGUCGUCUUCGUCUGAGGAAACUGUUAUUGAGAGAAGUAGUGGUGAGAAGAUCAGUGUAGAGGAACUCAAGAGGCGGCUGGUCCGCUUCCUUGAGGUGGGAGAGGAGGGUGGUCGGAGCGAAGAGUUGUAGGAUGCCUUGAACGUCGGCGUAGUUUGUCAAUGGUAUCUCUUUAUUUGUUCUGUAAUCAGAUGACUUUAGAGCUGGGAUUUGAGUGUUCCAUUCUUUGGAAAUUGGUAGGGUUGCUCUCGGCCAGGCUCAACAGCCCACGAUGUCAAACGCUCGGCACCGGCGCUGGUUCUCUGUUGAAAAUCAAGCACCUGAUGAACGUUUUACUCCCGGAGAAAAAAAGUCGCCUUGGUAAUUUUAAAAAACAGUGGUGACGCCCUAGUGUAGAUUAUAGUCAUGAACCUUAAGAUGAUGAUCCCUCGCCACUCGAAGCACGGCCUUCUCGCUACUACUGCGUAAGUUCAUUUCCAAUGCUAUACAUUGGGCCCUGCGCCGUAUAGCCGUGCUGGAGACUGGGGCUUUGAGUCAUGUUCUAUUGCUAGACAGUCUGCCAUAGGCUCGACUCCAUCUCUCUCUCCAGUCA